AUGGCGUCGAGCUCGACCGAAAGCACGCCGCUGAUGUCGUCCCUAUCGGGCGGCACCAAGACAGCACCCGCAAAACCGCAGCGCACCGUCACGUUCAACACAACUGUCUCGUCUUCGAGCGAUGCUGCUCAGCUGGGCCGGUCCGGGUCGCAGGGUGCAUCGUCAUCCAGACAACCGACAAGCCACGGUGGACAGCCCAUGCUCGCAGGCCUGAACAGCAAGCUGCGGAGGAGAAACAGCUCAGGCGCGCCUGCGAGAAUCCCGCCAGGUCCAGCGGGAAAGAUUGGCCCUCAGCGAACGACGCGGACCGCGCAAAAGUUGAAGCUCUUGCCGGACCCAGCCCAAGGUGACGAUGAGGAAGACGAAGAGAGCGGCCGCGACGUAUACGUACAGUAUACAAGGAUCAAGGACCCCACCGCGAGAAGAGACGCAGCGCGGCUGGGCAAAGCAGACCGAGACCGGUUGCCGCGCGUGACAGCGUACUGCACAGCGGCCUCGUACAAGCUAGACGACCUGAUGCGGUUUCUGAAGGGCAAGCAGAAGAUCAGGGGCGCGUUGCCAAAGCGCUUUGACGAGUGCAUAUACUCGCCGUACAACUACGGCGCCAAGGGACCCGAGGACGUACACAGCACGGCAGCACUCGACGGCGCUCCCAGUGUGAGACCGAGGCGGUUUUCGGACAGCGCCAUCGAGGUCGAGCACCAGAACGAGAGGCGACGAGAAGAUCUCAUCGACAUGCACGACGAAGGGGACGCCGGCGGUAUAGGGAAUGGAGAAAGCUCCGACGGGCCUCGACGACCGUCUCUCACCCACGCCGACUCGGACCCAGCAACAGACGCGCCCGACUUUGACACGCAGGUGCACACGCCCGAAGUGUUCCUCUUCGAGUACGGUACGGUGGUGCUGUGGGGCAUGUCUCUCGGGGAGGAAAAGCGGUUCCUCAAGGAGAUUGCCAAGUUUGAAGUGGACAAGCUUGGGAAGGACGAAGUGGAAACGGAGGAGUUCAACUUCUACUACACGCGCGAGUACCAGGCGCGCAUCUACAACGACUUCAUCUCGCUCCGCGACAAGAAGAACUACAUGAUCAAGCUGGCCAUCUCGCACGGGCUGUCGCAGAGCGUCAAGACCAGUCUGUUUGAGGACCUCGUGGACAGCACGAUUGACGAGACCAAGGACAUUCCGGCGCAGAUAGCGAGCUCUGGCAAGAUCAACCUGAACAAGAAGCAGAUCAACAUGCAGAUUGGCGAGCUGUUCAUCCUGCGCAUCAGCAUCCACCUGCAGGGGUCUGUGCUGGAUGCGCCGGAGCUCAUGUGGGCGGAGCCGCAGCUGGAUCCCGUGUAUCAGGCGGUGAGAAGCUACCUGGAGAUGGACCAGCGCGUGGGGCUGCUCACGGAGCGACUGAAUGUGAUUGGGGAUCUGCUGGCUGUGCUCAAGGACCAGCUUACCGCUACCCAUGGUGAACUGCUGGAAUGGAUUGUCAUCAUUCUCAUCUUCGCCGAGGUGGUUGUGGCAGCGAUUAACAUAUUCGUCGACCUGAACGCGGCAGACUAG